AUGCCACGCUCCUUCUUGGUGAAGAGCAAGAAGGCUCACUCCUACCACGAGCCCCGCUCCCAGGACGACCCCGUCUGGCCUCCUGCUCCCAGCCCAGUGGCCAAGGACCAAAUCCCGAGCAGCGGCCCUGCCCUCAGCUCCUUCUUCCCAAACCAGGGCCUGGACUGGGCCAGCCGCAAGCGGGAGGCGGAGCCACAGCCAGACCAGGGCUUGUCCAGGGUGGCCUCGGCCCCAGAGGGCCCCCUGGUGAUGUCCCGAGCCCAGGAUGGGGGCUCUCCACUCUCCGACUCGCCACCAUUCUACAAGCCCAACAUCUCCUGGGACACGCUGGCCUCGACCUACAGCCAUGGCUACCGGCAGGCCCCCUCCACCGUGCAGGCCGCCUUCCUGGAGCGCUCCGUCAGCCUGUACGGCAGCCCCCUGGUGCCCAGCACCGCCGAGCCACCCCUGGACUUCAGCCUGCACUACUCCCCAGGCAUGGACGCCUAUCACUGUGUCAAGUGCAACAAGGUCUUCUCCACGCCACACGGGCUCGAAGUGCACGUCCGCCGCUCCCACAGCGGGACCCGGCCCUUCGCCUGUGACAUCUGCGGCAAAACCUUCGGCCACGCCGUGAGCCUGGAGCAGCACACACACGUCCACUCCCAGGGCAUCCCGGCCGGGCCCAGCCCCGCGCCCAGCGUGGGGCUCCCGGGCCUCGAGGCCCCGCCUGCGCCUGAGCCCCCGGGGCCUCGUUUCCUCCGGCAGGAGCGCACCUUCGAGUGCCGGAUGUGCGGCAAAGCCUUCAAGCGCUCGUCCACUCUGUCCACGCACCUGCUCAUCCACUCGGACACGCGGCCCUACCCCUGCCAGUUCUGCGGCAAGCGCUUCCACCAGAAGUCAGACAUGAAGAAGCACACCUACAUACACACAGGUGAGAAGCCGCACAAGUGCCAGGUGUGUGGCAAGGCCUUCAGCCAGAGCUCCAACCUCAUCACCCACAGUCGCAAGCACACGGGCUUCAAGCCGUUCAGCUGUGAGCUGUGCGCCAAGGGCUUCCAGCGCAAGGUGGACUUACGGCGGCACCGCGAGAGCCAGCACAACCUCAAGUGA